AAGGCGACAUCUCAUCAGAACAGCCAAAGCCCUUUCGCUGCGCCUGUCUUUCGGCCGUAUCUCGAAAAGUGUGGCAAUAAUUUGAUUUCAUUAAACAUGUCUGAAAACACAAUGCCUUCAUUUCACUCCUGCAUCUCAUCCAUAAUGGAAUUUUGUCCAAAUCUGGAACUGUUGGACAUAUCGAAUGUCGAAUCGUUCUCAAAGAGUUCAUCGAUUUCUAUAGAGAAAUUGCAGACAUCGUGUCCUCGUUUACGUAUCCUAAGGGCGGCUAACAUUACAUUCACAGUCUCGACGUCCGGCUCACAAACCGAUGGCUUUGUCUCAUUAGAGGAGUUGAGUAUACCAUUCAAGUCGGACUUCUCGACCGCAAUCAUACAGAACGCACACACAGACAAUGUUUUGGAACAGUUGACCAAAAACGCUGAACACCUCAGACUAUUGGACAUUCGCGGCGCUCGCUAUUUGUCUCAUAGAGCUCUGGUCAAGAUUCCCGCCUGGAAUAUACAGCACCUCUCUGUCAGCAAUUGUCCCAAACUCAACACCGAUGAACUCGAAAUGGCUUUUACUAAGUGGAGUAAAUCGCUGAUAGACGUCGACAUAUCGUGGAAUACCAGUGAAGAGAGCGUAACGUCUUGUAUGAAGUCGUUGUGCGAAGUGGGAGAAGAAGAAUCACAAUUACGUACACUUCAGUUGAGGGGUUCCGCCAUUUCGUACGAUUCGGUCAAAUGUUUGUUGAAAUGUUGUCCCAAAUUAGAGUCAAUCGAUUUGCAGUCGUGUAGAGGUUUGCCGAGAGGUAUAAAGAGGUCCUAUUCUGGCGAUGACUUCAACACAUUGAAGAGAGAGGUAUUGGAAGGCAAAUACGAUUGAAUGCAAAGUACAGUUCAAAUUAAUAAUACAUUUUAAACAGAAUAUAUUAAUUGUAUAUUUUUUGAUAAAUCAUUGCUUUUAGACAUAACAAAGCAAAAACAUCCAC